GGGUAGUUCAGUGUUUAGUGUAAUGACGUGAUGACAGAUGCGUAAAGCGAAUCCGUGUUGUUGUAGGCAUGCCUUGUCCGCGGUGAAAGGUUGAAACGGGGAAUGGGCAGGGUAAAAGACUGCAGGCUCUGCUUUUAAAAGACUCACGUAGAGUAUAAAACUAUAGUUUCUUGCCCAUUGUGAGACGCUCGACACGAGACAGGCUACAUUACGCACAGACGGGGGGAGGGAGAGUUGAUAUUGAAAAGAAAAGAGACUGACCAGUCACAAUUCCAAGUUUACUUCGUCUGGUUGCUUCGGAACACUGCUGAUAGAUUUGGGCAUGUGGGGAACUUUCGGCUAAGUCCGUGAUUUUGGUUUUUGUGCGACAUCACGGGGUGUCAUUGUCACCUUUCUUUUCGUGGCAUUUAAAAGACAUCCACUUUAUUUUUUGCUAUUAUAACGGUACGUGUAAUUUAUAUAUUUACAUUUUAUGUAUUUGGUUGAUGAUGGAAUGCGCUCCCUCUCGGUGACGCGAAAACCUGGACUUUAAGGCAUAUAAAUAUUUCACUCACUAGCUCUGCUUUCCAGUCAGCCUGAGCUUUUUAGGAACUUUUCUGCCUGUGCUUUUUUGAGGCCGCGGAAAUGGGAGCGUGUCAACGGGACGUUGUGUCCGCGCUUUGCCGAAAAAGUUUCCGUUGGAUUGUGCUGCUGCUGUGGCUGACCUCUGCAGCUCAUGCCACCUGGAGGACGGGGCUUUACAAAUAUUCAGCUGGGACCCAACUCAACAGAGAGUCGUCCGCAGCGUCUCAAACCUCUAUUUAUCAAAAAAGGAACUGGUGUCCCCAUACGGUCACUAAGACGGUGACUUGCCAGGUGCAGAAUGGGACAACCCUGCAGCGUGUCUACCAGACAUGUCGCUGGCCACAGGGAUGCACAGGGGGCAGCUACCGGACAGUGGUCAGACCCUCCUAUAAGGUGGUGUACCGUACCAUCAACUCUCUGGAGUGGAAGUGCUGUCCAGGCUACAGCGGCACGGCCUGUGAAGAAGAGUCAGGAAACCAGCUGGUGGCUCAGGAGGCGGUGAGGAAGCCGUCCACUCUCCGCCGACCUCCUGCCUCUGCCCGCACAGAAGCAGGAACAGGGGAGCAGCUCUCCACCAAUUGCUUCAACUGUAGUCGAUUCACAGCCCUGACAGACAGACUCCGCUCACUGGAGGAAAAGGUCCAAGUGCUGUCCUCUCCUGCCUCCACUUCUCACCGCCACCUACAGGGUGAAGAAGGAACGGCACCAGAGUCUUCCUCACAGACAGGGGCUCCACAAACCAAAGGAGCCCCUGGCGAGCAGGGAUCCGUAGGUCCACAGGGCGAUAGAGGCAGAGACGGUACCCCUGGACAAGAUGGGAAGCUAGGGUCUCGGGGACUGCCGGGCCCCAGUGGCCCCAGGGGCGAGGCUGGGAUGAGAGGCCCUUCUGGGACCACAGGACUAGUGGGACCCAAAGGUCCAUCAGGUCUCCCAGGAGAGAGGGGUCUACCUGGGCUUCCUGGACCUCCUGGACCCCCUGGAGUCCCGGCCCCAGCCAGCGCCCGCAUCCCAGAGCCUGACCGGGGUCAGGGCAAGGAGCUGCUCCUCUCUAACACCUUCCCUGACCCACGAGGGAUGCCUGUCCAAGGCCCACAAGGCCCUGCUGGACCUGCUGGUCCUCCAGGCCCCAAAGGCCCCGUGGGACCCCCUGGCCCAGCAGGACAGAACGGGAAGUCGGGUGCCCCCGGGUUACAGGGCCCGGUGGGGCCAAAAGGAGAACGUGGGGAGAGAGGUCCUCUGGGUUAUCCAGGAGAGAGAGGUUUCAGAGGAGAGCCGGGAGUAGCAGGAGCCAAGGGAGAGCCAGGACAGAAAGGCCUGCCGGACAUUAGUUUGAAGAUGUUUCAAGACUUGCAGGCAGACCUGGAGCUUCUGGCUCGCAGGGUGACGCUGCUGGAGGCUAUCAUCUGGCCAGAGCCUGAUCUAGGGUCUGGAGAUGGUCAAUACGGGACUGCGUCCCCAGGUGGUUUCUACAGGGAUAAGCGAGCAGGAGCCGAACCCUAUCGGCUCGUCUCCCCUCCUCUGUCCUCAGACACCAAGGUUCAGGGGAAGUAGCAUUGUUCCCUGCUGCAUCUCUGAGGAUCACAGGCUGGGUUUAAGUACCCCCUCCCUUAGGUCUCUCUGGCACUCUACUGAUCCAGACCUUAUCUGAUACCCUCUGUGGGCUGUACCAUCAGACGAAAGGUGGGGGACACCUCAGGGAAGCUCCACUGGUGCUCCGGAGUCUGCCCACCUCCAUUGGGAACCAGUACCAGCCACCUUUACCCCAACAUACACCUCCUCGUAGACCCAUGGCUCCCGCUGUGUCCCAUCCCUGUUCCCCCUGUGUCCCACCAAUGUGGCUACAGCUAGGAAAUAUUUCAAGAAAAUAUCCUAUAGGCCUCUGGAAAACAUGCAAACAUUAAAAAGCUUGAUAUGUUAAAUGGUGCUCAAUCAUCUGAAAACAAUUCUGGACUAUAAGGGUCAUUGCAGGAUAGUAUAAAUUGCAGUAAAUUAAAGGAGGAAUUAAGUGUAAAAGAAAAGACUGGCUCUGAGAAUUUGUUUGGACUGUAACAAUGUUGGGAAUCUGAGGUUUACUUAUUUAAAUAUAUUGAGCAUGUACAGACUGCAAGGCAAACAUACACAAAAAACUCUUCCUCUUAUAUUCCUUUUGUUUUGUUUCUAUAAAAUUGUGUUAGUCCUUGCUAUGUAGUACACUUUAAAUUUGAAGACAUGGCACACCUUUCCUAUUGAGAUGUCAGUUAGUAGUACUGCAUUGCUUAUCAGUGCACAGCAUUUGUCUUGGUGUCUGAUAACCAUCCCUUUCAAUCAAACAAAUCCAACAAGAGAUUUAAUGUAUUUAUUUUAUUCACAUUUUAUUGUAGAUUUGUUGGUGCACAAAAAAAAUGCAGUUAUGUGUUUCUAUACUCUUAGACAGUAUUAGUUCUCAACAGCAGUGCUGGAAUACAAAACUCAUACCCAUAUAGCUAAGUAUCUCCUUUACCAAAACUGAUAUGUGAUCAAAUUCCUGCAUUUAUUUCAAACCCCAAACUGCAGCUCCUGCAUAAACUGGCAGUAGUUGACUUAUUUUAAACCCACAAGCUAAAGCAAUGACAUCUCUAAGAACCCCCACUCAUGGGACAGGUGUAUCUUUCUCCUACAACAGCUUCAGUCCUACGCACACACACACACCACACAGUAGUACAGGACCUGUUGAUGCAACUUGAAUACAUUUUUGUGUAACUUUGUACCACUAUUACAUUCUCAUACUUAGACUGAUUUCUCUGUCACAGUAAAAAAAAACUUCCUUCUUUGAUAAUUUGUUUCUUUAUCUUAUAAUAAAAAUGUUGUGAAUUAUUUAAAAAAAAAGAUAAAUAGAAGCUUAUUGUUUUGUAUGCUGAUAUACAGUAUGUAACAUCAUAUGUAUUUUCCAUUUUGGGCAUAUUUGAUAUUGCUUGCUAAUGUGUUAUUGUGCUAAAAUAAUCUUCUAGAUGGUUUUUAUAAUAAAUAAUUGUUUUGCUUUUUUAA